AUGAGCCCAGGGCAGUGCGGCCGCAUCUUCCCUCCCCAGCUUGGCACUCUACAGAUCAUUCACGGCAACGGCACAGCCGUGGGGACGGUGAUAACGUUCCAGUGCCCUGCUGAGCACCAGCUGGAGGGACCAGGGGUCAUCACCUGCAUCUGGAAAGAGAACAGCACGCAGUGGACAGCUGGAGUGCCCUCCUGCAAGCCCAUAUCAAAAUACGAGACGUUUGGCUUCAAGGUGGCAGUGAUCGCUUCCAUCGUGAGCUGUGCUGUCAUCCUGCUGAUGUCCAUGGCUUUUCUAACCUGCUGCCUCAUCAAGUGUGUGAAGAAAAGUGAAAGGAGGAGGACUCAAAGAAACAUGCAGCUGUGGUACCGGCUUAGAGCUGAAGAACUGGAGCACAUGCAAGCUGCUUACUUCGGUUUUAAGGGAAGAAACAAUAACAACAACAACAAGAAACUCAGGAAUAAAGCUGGGUGUGGUGAUGUGACUGACAUGGCAUAUGAUAACCAAGGCUUCCACAGGUUCCAGGAGGAGUGGACACGGGACACCACAGCUCAUGGCUGCUGCAAAGACAACAGUCAUCUGCCUACCUUAGCCAAGAGCAUGGGUGCAGCAGUGAAAGAGGCUGUGGCAGGACACACCACUGCAGGACACUCAAGGAGCUCAGUACAUGUUGUGGAAGUCUAUGGACAUCAGGAUAGCCACAGCAAAGCAGGCUGUCAGAUACCUGGGUAG